CUUCAUCCAGUGCAGGACUGACUAUAAGUACCAAGCCCGAUACCGUUUGACCGUCUCUCUCUCUCUCAUUGGUUUCCUUGUGCAAGUCGCUUUCACUUUUACCUGUGCCUGGAUAUAUGGCUGAUGCCUUAGUGGCAGGCUCAUUCCUCUCCGCUUUCCUUCAAGUGCUAUUUGAUAGGAUGGCUACGCCGGAAUUCGUGAAUUUGUUUCGUAAUCGGAAGGCCGAUGAUGAUCUCCUCAAGAAGCUCAAGAGCGAGUUACGCACUGUUGGAGCCGUGCUCGAUGAUGCAGAGAACAAGGAAAUACGGAACCAAUAUGUCAAGGACUGGCUUGAAGAGCUUCAUGAUACAUUUUAUCAAGCAGAGGAUUUACUCGACAGAAUCAACACUGAAGCUCUGCGAAUUAAGGUAGAAACUGAGUACCAAAGCUCAACUAGCACUUGUACAUCUUCGGGUGAUGAAUUUCUUAGGAGGAUCACGCCCGUGAUAGAAACAAUAGUGGAGAGGCUGGUGGGAUAUAACAAACAAAUUAUUCCCUUGGGUUUGCAAGUUCUUCAUUCCAGAAUACAGUCACAUCAAAAAUUUGAAACACCUUUGGUUGAUGAGACUACAUUUUUUGGGAGAGAUGCUGAUAAAGAGAACAUAAUUCAAAUGUUGCUAUCUGAGGAUGCAGACACAGACAAUUUCACUGUGAUUCCAAUAGUUGGACUGGGUGGGCUCGGUAAGACCACCUUGGCUCAAAUGGUUUACAAAGAUUCAAGGGUGACAGAGAGUUUCCCUACCAGGGCAUGGGUCUUCGUAUCAGAAGAAUAUGAUACUACCACGAUAACAAAAGAAAUCCUAAGGCAACUCGGCAUUUCUUUUGGUGAGAGUGACAACUUGUUCUCCCUUCAAGUGAAGCUACGAGGUGGCCUAACUAAGAAAAAGUUCCUUCUUGUUCUGGAUGAUGUUUGGAAUAGUAACUACAAUGAGUGGGAUAAUUUAAGGACCCCUUUCAAAUGUGGAUCACGUGGAAGUAAGAUCAUUGUUACAACACGGGAUCAGAAUGUUGCAAGGAUGAUGGCCAAAGAAAGGUCAAUUCAUUAUUUGGAUUACAUGCAAGAGGAAGAUUGCCGGUCAUUAUUUAAGAAGCAUGCAUUUGAAAAUAGAGAUGCCAAUGAAAAUGCAGAACUUGAAUCAAUAGGAAACGAAAUUGUGGAGAAGUGUGGAGGGUUGCCUUUGGCUGUGAAAACAGUUGCAGGUGUUUUGCGCUCCAAAACAACCCCUGAAGAAUGGAAAGAGAUUUCAAUAAGUGAAGAGUGGACUCAAAUGGAUAAUCCAAAUGGCCCCCUGCCAGCAUUGAGAUUAAGCUACAUUCAUCUUCCUUCCCAUCUUAAAAGGUGCUUUGCUUAUUGUGCUGUGUUCCCCAAAGAUUACCAGUUUAGAAAAGAGGAAAUUAUUCAGUUAUGGCAAGCUAAUGAUCUUUUAGGGUAUCCUGGAGAAAAUAAAAGAAAUAAAUACGAGGGUGAAAAGUGCUUUCAUGAACUGAGAAUGAGGUCCUUAUUUGAUCAGUCAACUGAUUUCUCCAUGCAUGACCUUAUGAACGAUUUGGCUAGGUCUGUUUUUGGUAAAUAUUGCCUUAGGUUGGAAGAUCAUCAGCAAGGCGAUGCUACAAUAUCUAGUGCAAGACAUUUUUCAUACCAUCCUAGUGAUUAUGACACAUUUCAUAAGCUUAAUCUCUGGAGGGAGAAUAAGAAUAUAAGAACAUUCUUACCAUUGAGAAUGGGUCAAGAUUGGGAUAAUACGGGUUUACUGAGUAACAAAUUCUUAGAGGAUACCUUGCCCCAGUUCAUAUCUUUAAGGUUUCUAUCCUUGUCUUGUUAUCGUAAUAUUGUGAAGUUACCAAACUCUUAUAGUGGUUUGAAACAACUUCGAUUUCUGAAUCUCUCUUCAACGGGAAUAAAGGAGCUACCGGAGUGGAUAUGUAGUUUCUAUAAUCUACAAACUUUGUUGUUGUCAAACUGCGAAGAACUUGAAGAGUUGCCGGAAGAUCUGGGAAAGUUAAUUAACUUAUGUUGCCUAGAUAUUAGUGGAACUCCAUUGAAGAAAAUGCCACCACAAAUGGAUAAACUAGAAAAUCUUCAAGUCUUGACUGCUUUUGUCAUAGGCAAGGAUAGUGAUUCGACAAUUAAGGAGUUGGGCAAGCUUCCUAUGCUACGUGGUAAGCUAAUGCUCUCUGGGCUGGAAAAUGUUUCCAGUGGUAGGGAUGCAUCCAUGGCGAACAUGGAAGGUAAGGAACACCUUGACGAGUUAACUUUGGAGUGGAAUGGUGCUAUCAAUGAUUCACAAGUUGUGAGAGAUGUAUUUGAUAAUUUACAACCUCAUUCAAGCAUAAAGCAUCUCAAUAUCAUAGGGUAUGGCGGGACAACAUUUCCAAAUUGGCUAGGCAAUCCUUCACUAAGUCGUUUGGAAUCGUUGAGUCUAUCUAAUUGUGAAAAUUGUUUCUCCUUGCCUGCGCUUGGGCUGCUACAGUCCUUGCAAUCACUUGAAAUUGUUGGAAUGAGUUAUAUAUUAGAUUUGGCAGAGAAUUUUUAUGGAGACAUCAGUGUAACCAAACCAUUCCCAUCUCUGAAAAAGUUGAGAAUAGAGAAAUUGCCAGAGUGGGAGAAAUGGCACAUACCGGAAGGUGAAAUCUUCAAUAGACUCGAAGAGUUUCGUAUAAUUGACUGUCCCAAAUUGAUUGGAGAACUUCCCCGACAACUUUCAUCACUGCAAAGCCUUGAGAUAUCUGGCUGCGACAAUCUUGUGCAUCCCAGUGGUCGAUUGAGCAUCUUCAAUGGAGAAAUCCGACAAAAUUUUUCAUCUCUUCGUGAAUUGAAGAUUUCAGCGCUAAAAAAUUUGAAAGAGUUGCCGCUACAGCUCAACCAAUCAUCCAAACUUGAGAAAUUGAGAGUUGAUGAUUGUGGGUCUCUCUCACCCUCGCACAUGAGUAGACCACCUGCCUCACUUAAAUCACUCAAGUACAAGAGAUUUUGCAAUUUGGAAUUGGAGAGUUCAAGCGGGGAGGAUGGUGGGACCUUGGAGUAUUUGACAUUAACAAAUUGUGACUUUGUCAAAGUCAAAGUCGAGUGGCUUGCCUCGUUUCCCAUGCUACAACAUCUUCGUAUUAUAAACAGCAAGAGUAUUGAGAUGCUUUCGGUUCCUGCUACACCUGCACCUGGGAUUGGGAAUCAGAGUGGUAGUGUGAUGCCGUCACUCCAUUAUUUACAGAUCUUCGGCUGCGAUGAUCUAAUAAUGUCUUUUCCAGAGGGAGGAUUGGCAGCCCCCAAUCUAACGAUGAUUUGCAUCGCCAAUUGUGAGAAGCUCACGUUUCUACCGGAAUCCCUCCUCCCAUCUCUUCAAACUCUGCACAUACACAAUUGUCCAGAAAUUGAUGGCUUCCCAGAAGGGGGUUUGCCCUCCAGCCUACAAAAACUUUCCAUCGACAAUUGCAAAACACUCAUGAGUCGCAGGAGAGGGUGGGGUUUGGAGAAACUCCCCUCUCUCACGCACUUGACAAUUGAGGGUCCCUAUGAUGAAGUAGAGUCGUUUCCAGAGGAGGACUGGCUGCUGCCUUGCACGCUUCAAGAUAUCACGUUACACCGCUUUUAUAAUCUGAAAGUGCUAAACUAUUCGAGUCUUCGACACUUCACCUCUCUUCAAUGGCUAGACAUCCGCUGCUGCCCUGGACUCCUAUCCUUACCAAAAGAGGGACUGCCUGCCUCUCUUACCGCACUAGAAAUCUACAACUGCGAACAGUUGGGACCAAGGUUAGAAUGGGAGAAAGGACAAGACUGGACCAAGGUUGCCCACCUCCCCUACCUAAUAGUCGAUCAUGAGCUAGUUCCUUAAUGAUGAUGCUGGUUAUUGGUGAGGGCUUGCCUCCCAGAGUUACAAGACCCUCAUCAUCAUCUAUUUAUAUAAUUAAAGAAAGAGGAUUUUCAGCUUUCAAUUUGUAGCAGAUUACUCUCAUCAAGUGCCAGAAGCUCAAGUUGCUGCUUGAAUGGAUACAAUCCCCCAUCCCAACUCUUUGAUAUUUGAGACUAGACAUUUGUCUUGAAUUUGAGAGCUUCGCAAGAGGUGCUUUGCCCUCUAGCCUACAUUCUCUUGAGAUCUCCUAUUGCGAAAAGCUCAUGAAUCACCAAAGAAAGCAGGCUUUGGAGAGACUCCCUCUCACAAACUCGACCAUUUGUGAUAGCUAUGAAGUAGAAUUGUUUCCAGAGGAGGAUUGCCUGCUGCCUUACACACCUGAAUCUCUCGGAUGAUGGAGCCUUAAGAAUCUGAAAAUGCUAAACUAUUCAGGUCUUUCACACCUCACCUUUUUCUUCAAAAGAUAAAAAUCAUGUACUACACUCAAGUCCUUAUCAAAAUAGGGGCUGUCUGCCUCCCUCACUACACUAGAAAUCUUUGACUGAAACCAAGGAUGGAAUUGGAAAAAGGAAAUCACUGGCUCAUUGUUACGGACAUCCCUCUAUAAUAACUGAUCAAGAAUUAGUCCCUUCAUGGAGACACUGGAAGUGUGAAGGAUCCCCAAAAUUACAAGAUCUCCAUCAUCUCUUUGAACUAAUGUACCUUUUCUUUUUCCCUUUAACAUUUUUAUUCUCUUUGAGUGCUUUCAAGUUCUUUCACAUGCUAGCUUCCUCCGUUUGAUCUUUUGGUAUAAUACAGUAGGAAUUCUGUAUUGUGAAUAAAUGGAAGGCUAAAUUCUUUGGCCUUUCUUCUACACGUUUCUUCAAUUGUUAUAUGCUGAUGGAGAAAGAAAACCUUCAAUGUGUUGUUAGCCAUCUAUAAUUGUUAAGACUGUUCUGAAGAUUGCUCAAAGUCUUCUAUGUGCAUGCUUUACAAUUUUUUGUUACUUUUCUAAGCUAUAAUAGAAAAAAAAUUUCAUCUUUUUAGCAGCAGUCCGGGAGUGCUCUAAUUUUAUCCCAGUCUGUUGUAUAUGUGAGGUGUAGAAUUGUUCUCUCUCUAUCCAAGGAAUGCACCUCAUUAUUGAUCUCAACUUCAGCCAUUGCCAAAAAUGGGCUACCUAUCUUGCCCUUUAUGGCAGAAAUCAAAAGCUGCCCGCAUCCAUGACACUGCAGGAGAGAAGAUGAUUGGUCCAGUGUUGCUCAUAAUUCGAGGAUGUCAAGGAUGAACUCAUUCUAUGAUCAGUUACGCACUCGUAAUUUCUUUGAAGGUUGUCUUAUUAUUGGUUGAAAAGUGGUUCAACAUCUUGACGCUUGGAGAACUUGGUCAGUUGAUCUUAGGUCCUAUAGAUGUCAACAGUUGUUUCAUAUCCAGAGUUGGUUGACUUCAUUUGAGCUUAAGUUGAGAGGAUACCUGAGUUUCCCUUCUUGCUGAGAAUGCAAGGUUAAUGGCACCGAUGAAGAAGAAUCAUUUUUAUAACAUCGGCAACUGUCUUGCACCCUCGCAAUCUUUUUCACUCGGAGAAGCAUAAGAGCUGAAGCACAAUGACCUACAAGUGUCUUCAACACUUCACCUAGCUUGAAGAUAUGGAAAUUGCUGACUGCUUGUAGCUCUAGUCACUACAAAAAGAAUUGAUCGCGACCUCCGGGCUCCCAUUAUGCAUGAAAAAUGUGGUGUUCAUUGCUCGCAUUACUACAUAAUAGGAGAAAGGGAGGGGAACGGUUGGCCCGAAGGUUCAACAAUUGUUGCAAAAUCAACAAUUUUUCAAUUUUUGAGAUGAUAUUCUUCUUCCUUUUUCGGUUCAUUCCUCCAUAGUCACUUUUUACAUUGGAUCAUAAAAUUCUCUGCCUUUUUGUAUACAAUUAACAGUAAGGGCUCAUUGUCUACAACUAAUGUGAUGGCUCUGAAAGUACUAUAACUGUCUUGUUAUCCGCUGGAGGGAGGUGGUUGGCAAGCUCAGUAGGGCUUGAAGCAGCUUGAAUGGGUAUUUCAGCUGUGUACAUCUGUAUCUAUAAACUUAACUUUUGGAAAAUUUCUGAUUUUAGCAAGUAUGUGGAGGUGGAUUUUU